AUGAAUCGUCGAAGAGUUGGUUACGCGGGGCUAUCAAGAAAAAAGGCUGCUGAUGGUCAAUUUUCAAAGGUCGGAAGCAAUUAUGAAAAAAAACAAAUGGAACAAGUAAACAUUGAAAAAGAACCUAAACUCAGAACACAUUUUUCAAAGAUAUGUGCCAAUGUUGGAGUUGAUCCUCUUUUAUCAAAUAAGGGAUUUUGGGCCGAACUUUUAGGAUACGGUAAUUUUUAUUAUGACAUUUGUGUACAAAUUAUUGAAAUAUGCAGAUCUACUCGAGAUAGAAAUGGAGGACUAGUUGAAUUAGGAGAAUUGAAACGACAAUUAACGAAAAAGCGAAGUUCAUCACAAGAAAUUAGUGAGGAUGAUAUCGUACGGGCAAUAAAAACACUUAAACCUUUAGGUAAUGGGUUUGAAAUUAUACAAAUCGGCAAUAGAAAGAUGGUUAGAUCGGUUCCUAGAGAAUUAAACAUUGAUCAGUCCAAUAAAGGUUAUGUUACAAAAUAUAUUAUCGAAUCAGAAUUGGGAUGGGGAAUGGAACGCAUUAAUGAUGUCAUCGAUACUUUGCUUGCCGAUGGCCUUUGUUGGAUAGAUGAACAAGCAGAUCCAAUUGAGUAUUGGGUUCCCAGUUUCUUCAAAGGUGUAGAUGAUUGA